AUGGCAAACCGCCGGAACACUAUGGCGGCACGCACCUCGACAACCGUCGUGGUGUCCCCCAAGAAGAAAAGAACCAAGCUCAUAUGCGUGGUAUGCGAAAUAGGCGACCAAGCCACCGAGCGAGGCGUCGGUCACUUUCUCAAGCUAUUCUGGGAGGAGCUGAAGACGGGUCACAAGCCUGGACCGCCAACGAAGAAAUGA